GGGUGCUAAGUCGAAAUUUUGUUGGAUAGGAACCCAUAAACAAAUACGAGGAAGUAUGCGAAUCAUCACUCAGCAAGGGUGAUUGGCGGUAGAAAUUGGGUUAUUCCAUUCAUUACUGGCUUUAUCAUAUUCAUUACCCUCUUUUUCUUAAAAGGGUUUUGGCUUUGGAAGGCGAUGGAGAUCAGUGACAAUGAUCAGAGUUCGUUACUGUGUGGAUGAUCCCAGUGUAGCGCUGGUUUUCAACUCUGGUGCUUUGUAUGGUUUUGGGGGCGUGAAUUUUUGGGGAUUUCGUUUGGAUUUCUGGCCCUGAUUUUUUUCAAGAACUGUCUACCCUGUAUGUACACCAGAUGCUCCUGACAUUUCAAAUAAGGUGUUUUCAUUUUUUCUUCCUAGCUAUCAAUUUGGUUUUGCACAUUAUGCCAAAAAGAACUAGGAAUAGCAAAAGAAAUCAGAUGGUACAAGAUCAUACUUCUAGAAGUCCCCGCAACGGAACACGGGCAUUUUUGCUAGUGUACUCGAAAAGGCUUAUAAGGUAAGACCACCUUAUCCUUGGAAACAAAUUUCUUUUUUAAUUUAAGAUCUGGUUUUCAUGCAUUUUAUUUUCAUGUUGUUUUUGCUGUUGUGUUUAGUUGCUUCAUUAUACUUGUUCCUACUUUUCCUUCCAAGGACGUUGAAAACCUGUUUGUUGUGGUUUAGGAAAAAACAAUUUCUGAUUAGAUACAUUCUCUAUAUGUCUUGAGGGUGCAAGUGUAGUUUUUUUUCUCGUCCUCCAUUAUGAAGUUGCUCUCCUCAUAUUGUUCUGGUUAUUUCAUACUAUCCCCUAUGCUACCACCAUACAUUAUGUUAGUGUUCCGUAUGAUAACAAGUUAUGCACUUCAUUCCUGACCAGUAAAACGCUCUGCCUCGGUUCAAUCAACGUUUAGGUUCUUAACAUAAAACUAAAUGCAAUCUAUGUCAUUGGGUAUGGAGGAUGUUCUUCCUGCAUAUAUUGGGAAUGAACAUGCAACUAUUAUUUCAUAGUUGGAAUCUGUCUCGUAUGACCCUUUGGUUCUGGACAAUUGAUGGCUGUAUGCACCUUGUCCAUGUCACCAAGCCGUACUCGCCAAGUUUUAAAUCCCCAUUUCUUGUCGAUGACAGCUCUCAUUGAAGGAGAGUUCUCUUUACCCGAACUCCUUGUCCAUGUCUAAUAAUUGUUUCUUCCUUUUCGGGGUUUUUGUUCUUUCCUAAAUUAAAAGCUGAACAGAUGGUACCUAAUUCAUGAAGGUUGAUACGUUUCUUAGUAUUUGACACUUCGUUGGUGUCUGGACGUUUAUGGACGUGUUUGAUCCCUGCCAGUGAAAACAGUUGUUUUUGAUGAAACAGGGACUCUGACAGUUGGGAAACCCGUAGUAGUCAAUGCUGUGCUCUUUACUCAAUGGAGGAGUUGACAACUCAUUGUUGUUAUGCUAUUGUAAAAUUAUUUUGUCAAUCAUGCUAACAUGUCUCUAUUUGAGAAAUAUGUAGGUAAAUGGUGAUUGGUGAGGUUCAUGUGGGAAAAUAAUGUCCAGGUUGGUCCUGAGGUUGACUAGCAUGUUUCAGAACCUGAUAAUCUGGCUCGAACAUGUGUGUUGGUUUCCAUUGAUGGAAAGAUCGCUGGGUCUUUUGCUGUAACUGAUCCAGUGUAGCCAAAGGCUGCACAGGUCAUCUCUUAUCUUCACUCGAUAAACAUUACAAGCAUCGUGGUUCUGGUUUUGAACGCAGAUUGAUUAUAUUUCAAAUGACUUAUCUAGGAUGAAAGGAAUGGCGGUGGCAAUGAUGGGAGAUGGAAUUAAUGACUCUCCAGCUAUGGUUGCAGGAGAUGUUGGCAUGGCCAUUGGUGCUGGCACCGACGUGGCUAUGGAAGCUGCUUAUAGUUCUGAUGAAGAGCAACUUGGAAGAUGUAGUUACUGCCAUUGAUCUCUCUAGAAAGACCAUUUCUCGAAUUCGAUUGAAUUAUGUCUAGGCCCUGGGCUACAAUAUCCUCAGCAUGCCGGUGGCGGCUGGAGUUUUGUUCCCUUUCACUGGAAUUCGUUUACCACCGUGGCUUGCAGGUGCAUUCCUGCUUCAUCUCUAAUCGUGGUGCAUUAGCAAUAGCUCAUACCAAUUUCAGCACAGAUCAGUCUGCGCUUCUUGCUCUCAAAGCUUACAUCACUAGUGACCCUCAAAACAUCUUGACCGCCAACUGGUCGUCUGCCUCCAAUUCCAACAUUUGCAACUGGGUUGGUGUUACCUGCAGUGCUCGCCACCACAGAGUCACGGCCUUAAAUCUCUCGUACAUGGGUCUUGCCGGAGUUAUUCCUCCGCAUCUUGGCAACCUCUCAUUUCUCGUUGCGUUGGGCCUUCAGAAUAAUAGUUUUCAUGGUCCCCUACCGCAAGAAUUGUCUCAUUUGCGCCGGUUGAAGGCGAUUAACUUUGGAAACAACAACUUUAUGGGAACCAUUCCUUCGUGGUUUGGGUCCUUUGCUAAACUUCAAGCCAUCAAAUUGUACGGUAAUGGCUUCUCGGGUUUCAUACCGGCUGCUAUCUUCAACUUAUCUGCACUCGAAACAAUUAAUCUGAAAAGGAACCAACUAUCAGGUAGCAUACCCAGAGAAAUAGGCAACUUAACAAUGGUGAAGAGCAUAUACCUUGACUACAACAAGUUCGAAGAACUUCCAAACGAGAUAGGCAGUUUAGGUCAGCUGGAGGAGUUGUUUGUGCAAAACAAUGCCCUAAAAGGCUCGGCUUUUGUGCCUGUCCUCAACAUAUCUUCUUUGACUACUUUGACUCUAUCCGGAAACAACAUGAGUGGCAGUCUUCCGGACAAUAUAUGUGAGCAUCUUUCGAGUAUUCGACGAUUGAAUUUGGCUCAAAACCAGCUUGAUGGUCUGAUUCCCUUCAAACUGUGGCAAUGCAAAGAGCUUCGUCAAUUGGUAUUAGCGGUUAAUGAUUUCCGUGGAAGCAUACCCAAAAGUCUUGGCAAUUUCACCUACUUAACCGACAUUAUUCUUUUUGACAAUAAUUUAACAGGUACAAUACCGGAUGAGAUUUGUGAUCUUCCACAGUUAGAGAGAUUAGACCUGUUUAGUAAUAAUCUCAAUGGCGUCAUCCCAUCCAAACUCUUCAAUAACUCCAUGAUAAGACAAAUAGGGCUUUCUUUUAAUCAGCUCUCAGGUAGCCUCCCAGCAAACAUAGGUCUUAACGUUCCAAACCUAGAAAUCCUUGAUGUAGCCAAAAAUAACCUCGUGUCCGAACUACUCCCUAACCUCUCCAAUGCUUCCAAGCUCAGGGUGCUAGACAUGAACACAAACUCAUUUACCGGGUUUCUUCCUAGCACGCUCUGUUCCUUGAAAAACCUCGAGCGUCUUUACUUGUACUUGAAUCAUUUGACGAUUGAUGCUUCUACUCCACAAGCAGCAAGCACUCUCUCUUGCUUGUUUAAUCUUAGAAAUUUGAAAGACUUCGACUUGGGAGACAAUCCACUAAACACCACGAUUCCAGCUUCUCGCAGGAAUCUCUCUACGUCACUCCUAUAUUUUGAUUUAAUGCGUUCCAACAUCAGGGGAAACAUUCCAGUUGAUAUUGCCAACUUUAGCAGCUUGAUAGAGAUAAACUUGGGAAACAAUCAGUUGAGCGGAGCAAUUCCAACUUCAAUACAAAGGCUACAAAAUCUCCAAGCUUUGUAUUUGAAUGAUAACGAACUGCAAGGACAUGUUCCGUAUGAACUCUGUCAACUAAACAACCUAGUCGAGUUACUUUUGGCUGGUAAUCGUCUCUCUGGUUCUAUUCCUUCCUGCUUGGGUACUUUGGCAGGAGCUCUAAGAGAUUUAUCGUUAGACUCCAAUUUGUUAACUUCAAAAAUACCAUCUUCCUUGUGGGAACUCAAGCAUAUAUUGUUCCUAAACUUGUCAUCCAAUUCUCUAGUUGGACCACUCUCAGAAGACAUCGGAAAGUUGGAAGAUGUGGUGGAGAUUGAUUUAUCAAAUAACCAUUUCUCCGGAAACAUUCCCGAUAGCAUUGGGGGUCUUCUAAAUAUGAUUAAUUUGUCCUUGGCAAACAAUUAUUUAGAAGGCCAUAUUCCCAGUUCAUUUAAAACCUUGCUAAGCCUAGAAUUCUUGGAUUUGUCCAAAAACAAUCUAUCCGGAGUGAUCCCAAAGUCAUUGGAAGCACUCUUGUCUCUCAAGCAUCUGAAUUUGUCUUUCAACAAACUCCAAGGAGAAAUUCCAACCGGUGGGCCUUUCGGAAACUUCUUUGCUGAUUCAUUUGUAUCAAACGAUGCACUCUGCGGUGCUCCCCGAUUCCAUGUUCCACUGUGCAAAAAUAGAACAAAAGUUAAGCCAAAUUGGAGGAAAGCUAAAUAUAUCAUCUCAGGGGUCAUAUCAGUAAUACUCCUAGUGGCCGCUGCAUUGAUUCUGAUACUACGCAAGAAAAGGAAUGUCGAAGUUGUACGAGAAACUGCCUCGCUACAUCAAGUUCUUUGGAGAAGAGUUUCGCACCUAGAACUUGUAAAGGCAACAAAUGGAUUUCAUGAGAGUAACUUACUAGGCACGGGGGGUUUUGGCUCAGUAUACAAAGGAACACUUUCAGAUGGGAUAGAUAUCGCCGUCAAGGUCUUCAAUUUACAGCUAGAAGGGGCAUUCAAGAGUUUUGAUAAGGAAUGUGAAAUACUAAGCAAUAUCCGUCACCGGAAUCUUAUUAAAAUCAUAAGUUGUUGCGAUGAACUUGAUUUCAAAGCCCUGAUACUUCAAUUGAUGCCUAAUGGAAGCCUCGACAACUGGUUGUAUUCUCCAACCCGCUCCAUGACUAUCCUGCAGAGGUUAGACAUAAUGAAAGAUGUUGCAUUGGCACUAGAAUAUCUUCAUCAUGGUUACUCGAUACCUAUCGUUCAUUGUGAUGUGAAACCAAGCAAUAUACUACUAGAUGAUGAUAUGGUUGCACAUGUUGCUGAUUUUGGCAUUGCAAGACUCAUCGGCAGUGGAGAUUCGAUGACAGAAACCAUGACCCUAGCCACAGUUGGAUAUAUGGCUCCAGAGUAUGGGAUGGAAGGAAGCGUUUCAACAAGAGGGGAUGUGUAUAGUUUUGGUAUUGUACUCAUGGAGACAUUCACAAAAAGGAAGCCAACAGACAAGAUGUUUGUUGGGGAAUUGGAUUUAAAGCAAUGGAUUGCGGAUUCAUUAUUUCCAGAUGCUGCAAUAGGUGAAGUUGUGGAUGCCGAUAUACUCGGGGUGGAGGAAGAUGGUGACUUCGUGAGCAGAAGGGAUUGCUUAUUAUCCGUUAUGAGAUUAGCUUUAGCUUGCUCAGCAGCAUUGCCAGGAGAGAGGAUUAACAUGAAAGAUGCCGCAAUCACACUCACCAAAAUCAAGACCAAGUAUUUGAAGGACUGUGGAGGAAUGAAUUAGUUCUUUUUGUUCUCUAUAUUUUGGGAUCCAUUUUCUUAUUGUUGUUUUGAAUCUGCAAAGACUACAUUAUCUUCUCAUAGUGACGGAUUUGAGAAUAUGACGAUAUUCCUCAAAUUAAAAUGUCGUAGCUGGAUUUGUCAAUGCAAUGAGGCCAAUAGUACCAAAAUUGCAAUUCAAA